AUGAGUGAUGAAUCUUUUUCUGAUGUAAUUGAUGAUAUUAAUUUUGACGAGAUGGAAAAUGAUAUACUUAACUUCGCUAACGAGCCAUCAGUCAAAUCAUAUCUAGAACUUGGCGUAGAUCUUAAAAAUUAUAAAAAUCAAAUAUCGACCGAACUAAGUGCAGCCCAACAAGCAUCAAUACAAGACUAUUUAAAGCAAAUUCCUUAUGUUACUGCGCUUAGUAAUGACUUAAAUAAAUGCGAUGAAACACUUCAAUCAAUGGAAGACAGAUUAAAGCUAUUUAACGAGUCACUAAGUCAAAUGUCUUAUUAUAUUAAUAGCAUUCAAACAAAAUCCCAAGAAAUUACGCAAAAACUUAAAAACAGAAAAGAAUAUGAAGCAUUAUUAGGCGAAUUUACACGAAGUAUUGCAAUUACUCCAGAAUUUGUACGCGAAGUUACGGAAUCCCCAGUCGGAAUUGAUUAUGUUCAGACAAUAUUGCAGUUAGAAAAGAAAAUUCAAUUUUCAACUCGAAAAGAAAUCAAAGAUAUCAACUCUUCGCAAGAUUUUCUUAUGACAUUAAACCGUCUACGUCUCAGAGCUGCUGAAAACAUCAAAAACUGGAUAAUUGAAAAAACUUUAGAACUUGUUAUGUAUCCAGAAUCACAACCAAUUACUCAAGAGAAUAUGCUAAGAUGUCAUAAACUAGUAGAAUUUAUGAAAGAAAGCUCUUUGGAGAUCGAUAAAAUGUGUAGAACAAAUUAUAUUGAAAACAUUUCAAGAUAUUAUCAAGAAAUGUUUUACAAUCUAUGGAAAGGAGUUCUCAGAAAGAUGUCACAAGCUCCUCUUCAGUCAGAUACAUUAGCUCCUCAGCAACAAUAUUUUUCUUUCUUUUCUCGAAGGAAAAACACCGGUGAAAACACUUCUUUCUUCAGUCUUGGCGAUAGACAAAAGGUUCUCAAUAACCUUCUUUUGCCUUCUGCGGAUAUUCCCGAAGGAAGUUUUUCACUUGAAUUUUUAAUGCAAAAUUUUUAUAUGAAAUACAUAAAUAAAGUUACAGAAGAACAUGAUUUCAUUGCAGCAUUCUGGGCAGACAACGUAAUGGCAUUUUCAAUCUUUUCUCCAAUUUCAAAACAAAUUGAAAUGUCAAUGGAACAGCUUUUGCUCAAAAUAAAUGAUCCUGUAUGCGUAUCGAUAUUAUUAAGAAUCAUUAGUGCUCACAGACAAGAGCUAAAUCGAAGAAGAGUAAAUUGUAUCGAUCAACACUUGAAUUCCAUUGAAAUGUCGCUACUCAUGAGGUUCAGACUGAUCAUACAAAAUAAUAUAUCGGCGCUUGAAUCAACAGAUCUCUCGGCUGUCAUAGAAACAGGUCAUUUUGCAAAUGCUUUUGCCAGAAGAUUCUCGGAAUUCGCUUCAAGCAUUUCCAAACUGAUCACACCUGCAAAUGAGGAUAAUUUGGUACCUUACUUGGAUGAUACGGCUGCUACUUUCUGUCAAUUAUUUGAAAGGGCGUCGAAAAAACUGCCAGUUGAGAAAAGUGACGCUUUUUUAAUUAACAAUUUUAUCGUUGUUGCCAACGUUUUAAGACAAAACGGACGGACAACUUUGACGCAACUUUUCGAUGCAAAGCAUGAUGAUGCAUGUGCGAGAUUCGUUGAAAUUUGCAUCCAAAAUCAUUUCGGAGAUCUCGUGUCAACUGUUAAAUCUGCGUACCCUAAUAUAGAAAAUAUGAAUCCUCCGACGAAAACUAACUUCGGGCCGACUGUUUUAAUGAGAAUUGCGAAUGAUUUCAAAGAAAAUCACUCAGCUGAAAUGAAAACAAUUGCUGAUUCGAUGUUAACUCUUUUUGGAGACUUCACUGAUGGGAGAAACAUCCUCAGAAACAUUGCAAAAAGAACUGUUUUGUAUUGGACCAAAUUCGAACAACUAGCUAAAGCAAUCAUGGAAAAAGACCCGAACUCAAUGAGAUGGGUCAAUUCUAUGCUUUCGAUACAACAGCUUGUUUUAGAUAUCAGACUUUUGACUGAAUCAUUUUGA